AUCAGCCCUAAAAGGCAGCAAAAAUCCAUACCCUUGCGCAAAAUCAAUACCCUUGAUAUCACAGCCCUCACGGUCGGCCAUUUACCACUUCUUUGCGAGUUUCGCGUUAAUUGUGCGUGAAUUUCUGGCUUUGGGAGCCCCAUUGACGCCUCGCAGGGCUUACGAGUGGGUGCUGCAUCCCUUCCGAAUAUUACUGGGCGUUUCAAUGCGGAUAUGAGGCUGAAAACAAGCCUCAAUGUCCCUAGUCGACUAGAGAAUGCACAAGCUGGCAAAAGGGUUAAAAAAGAAAAAGAAAGGCAAAAAGUCCAAGCACAAGGAAGAGGAACUCUUCAAGCCUGAGGAGCUUGAAGCCUAUCGAAGAGAACACGCAGCUGCUAGUGAAGACUCAGCAGCAAAGAACGAAGAGUGGAGAAACUUCCUGUCGCUCACUUCGGGAGUUGAUGAUAUUUUGAAGAAAACCCAAGACGACCUCGACCGAAUCAAGAGCACCUCCUUCUUCCAACGCAUCCCAACCAGCAGCGAAACCAAGUCAAAGAAGGCCUUAGAAGAGGCACAGCAGCGUCUAGAGCAGGCCCGAGCGGAAAGAGAGCAGGCGUGCUCCGCCCCCAAGGAAGAACCCCAGCUUGGGAUCGUCCAAGUUUCCGAGUCUGAGUCCGAAGAAGAAGAGGACGAUGAUAUCUUCGACACCGCAUACAUCGAUGCAAUAACCACCGGAGAAGUCAAGCUUGCGUAUAUUCCUGAGUCCCCCACUGAUAAGCCUGAGGAGUAUGACCCGUUUGAUACCAGUAUCGCUGAAAGGGCGAUUCUAGGUCCAGCUGUUACAAGGAAAGGCAAAAAACUAGUCCCUCUUGGAGCUGCCGUUGAGGUGCUGACUGGACGCGUUCAGCUGCCCACUUGCGCCUCCAAACCAGCCUCCACUAGAAGACAGAUUUUGAAGGAGCGCGAUCUGCUGCUAGGCAGCUUCGACAGUGUUUCCCCACAGUCAGUUGUCGCUUCUGAAGCUCAUGCUUGUGAACCAGUGAGAACUCUACUGGACGAUGACGAAAUCCCUUUGCCUGAUGAGCCGAUUGAUUUAAGCAGAAGCCUUUAUAUUCCCCCAGCGCCGCAACCUACUGCAGGUUCAGCGCAGUCAGCGCGAGCUUCCGUGUUAAAAGACUUCGAAGAGGACGAGGACGAUAAGGAGUUUGAAGCGUUAGCGGCUGAAAGUCUAUCGAAAACUCCGGCCAGAAGCAGCUUGUCUCAUCCAGUACUUACAGCCACUGUAGUUGCUGAGGUUGUUGCCGAUUGGAAACCUUUCGAAACCCAGGCAACUGCUGAUUUGGGACCAGAGUCGGACGACCCGUUCGAUACAACCUUUGCUGAGAAUAUUCUGCCUGGCAAAGCAGAAUUGCGACUAAUCGAAAAGGAUAUUUUGGAAAACGACGUUGAUUUUGAUCCGCGAUCUUCCGACAGUUUUGCGAGUCUACAAAGCACUGUUCUGUUGAAUGCCAGAGUUCCAGACUCCGAACUGACGCUUAUUACUCCAGUGCACCGAGAUCUACUUGGAGGCAGCACCAGCGACUUAGCCAAUCUAGGGCCGAUUCUGCCGAUUGAAGACCAAACCGCCGACAAAAUCAAGUACUGCGACCCAUUCGAUACCUCGAUUGUAGAGACUGUUAAAGCCCCAGGACAAGCGGAGCUCAAAUACAUAGAGAAAGAGUUACUGGGCGAUUUACCUCAAAGAGCAGAGGAAGACGACAACUUCGAUCCUCGCGCGCUCGAAAGCAAACCUCGAACGCUAUCCAGACCGGACGUCCUCAACGUCAGUCAAUCAAAAACCGUCUCCUUUGCGGUUCCCUCCCUAGACUUACUAGGAGCUGAAGAGGGUGUGAAGGUUGCCAAGCCGUUAACACCUUUCUACGUACGCAAGAACUCCGUACCGGGAGCGGUUGAUCAAGACCCCUUUGAUACAACCUUUGUGCCCAGCUUAGCACCCGGUAAGGCGGAGAUAAAGGCCAUCGAGAAGGAGCUGUCUCAAGUUCCUGAACCACUGGUUGAACCAGUUUCACAACCGCAAAAGUCCAAACGGGAGUCAGCUGAUCUGCUAGCCGCAUCUGAGCAAAUAGCUGCAAAAGUGCUGACGCCCCACGCCAGUCAUAUAGCUGAAGAAACGCUGUCCUACGCUGAUCCCUUCGACACUUCCAUUGCAACCAAUAUUCUUCCGGGCAAAGCGGAGCUGAAGCUUCUGGAAAACGAGCUAAUUGACGCUUGUGUUGAGGCAGAGAACAAAGACCUGCUAGUGCAUAGUGGAGACAUUAUCAUCGAGAAGCCUUUAAGUCCGCAGCUUAGACAGCUUUCCGUGGAAACUGAGGAUCUUGAUCCGUUCGACACCAGUUUUGCUAGCAACAUCCAGCCAGGCAAGGCGGAGCUGAAAUCGCUCGAAUCUGAAUGAUCUAAAGCGAGCGCAACAAUGGCAGCCAAUCCCUUUCUGUUCCACGACGAGCCCACUAAUGGGCAGGCGAGCUCGAACCCGUUCCUCAUGGACGACGAGCCGUGCGAAGACAACCCCUUCCUAUCGCAAACGGCAGUGGCCGCCUCCAACCCUUUCGCCUUUGACCCGAUAGACUUGGAGCCGGCCGAAGCCGCAGUGCCUGCCGAAUCACAUCAGGACUUUUUCACGUCGUUGAAUGACCAGUUUGCAACUUCGGUUCCCCCGCAGAAACCUACCGAUCUAAACUUAAAGUUCUCCUACCAGAACGCGGUCCCUAGCAGACCGCUGCCCCCGCGCCCACCCCAGAGCAAGGAGACUCAGGAUUUGCUGAUGUCGGUGAUGGGAGCAAUGGACGCCACUAGCUCGCACUUGCUGGACAAAAUUCCUCCUACCCGGACGCCCAGUCCGGUAUCGAUGCGCGACUUGCAGUCGCCCAGCCCCACUCCGGAGCCGUCCUUUGGCGACUUGCUCGAUGUGGGAGACUCUCAACAACAGGGCAGGGCUUCUAGUACGGAGGACCUGCUGUCGUUGAGCUCCGGGCACGACAUCAACCAGAACCCCCAUAAUGGGCCGCCCCCAAGACCGGCCUCUCCCCAAGUGGCGCCAGCAAGGCCAGCGCCGCCCGUGCGCCCUCCCAGGCCUGCCCCUCCUCAAAAACCGCCGCCUCCCACUGUGCUCGACGGUGGCGGCGCACAGAACGAUAUAAUCGACCUGUUUGAUGCGCCUCCGCAGGCCAAGGUGGCCUCCAAAGCGGACAUUCUGAAUUUAUAUAAUGCUCCCAAAAAGGAGGUGGCGCGGCCCGACUUGCUGUGCGAUUCGGUUCCCGAACCCGAAAGCCCCACGCCGACAAUCACCGAGAACCUGGCCGUUGACCCGGGGGACUUGCUAGAUCGCAGUGGGGAUGAGACGCCGACCAAUCAGGGCUCAGAGACCGGCAAAGACAGCAUGCUUAGUCCGGAGCCGGACCUCCACAUGGACACCAGCGACAGCCAGAGCAAAGGCUCAGUAUCCAGUGUGACCUUCAACCCGUUUGCCAUUGCUGAGGAUGUGACGAAGAUCAGAGAACCCGCACAGUCUCCCGAUAGAAUGGAAGUCUUUACCACUCCAGCGCCAGCGCCUACUCCUAUUCCAGAGUCUACCAAUGAGGGAUUCGACUUUGGGGACCUAUCCGCCCCGGUGCAUAAUGAUGACUUUGAUGCCUUCGCAGAAAAGUUCGAGUCAGUCAAAACGGAGGAGGACAAAAGCGGGGCGUUUGACGCGUUUGGGCCUCCCCAACCGGCUGGUGCUGUGUGGGGCGCCGACUUUGCAACCGGGCCCGAUCAAGAGAGCGGCAAUGGCUUUGGCAAUGAAGGCGAUUUCGACGCCUUUUUGGCAAUGAAGGCGCCUCCGGGCGGAAAGCGACACGAGAGUCAGGACUCAGAGGAGGAGAAGGACUUUUCCGUUGUUAUUAGGCCGAAAACUGAAAACGCUUUCUCGGGGGUAACACCAGUGCUGGCGCCGCCCCCAGCUCCGCAACAGGCCGCCUUCACUGACACGUCGCCCCGCUUCAAUCCGUUCGAUCAGCAAAAUGAUGUGACCCCAGUGGCGCCCCAGGAGCCGACAGUUCCGUUCGGUACCGAACUGAAAAGAUCCACCUCCCAAGACGAGUCGCCAGGCACCCCAUUGUACGACGAAGACACCACUCAACCUUUGGAGGACUUCCCGCGAAUAAACUACAUGGGAGAGGGUUGGGAAAUGCAACUGCGCCAGCCCAACAAGAAGAAAAUCACCGGGCAGCGAUUUUGGAAGAAGAUUUUCGUCAAACUUUGCUACCAGCAGGACUGCGUCCUACUGCAGCUCUUCAAUCAGCAGGCCGACAAGGAUCCAUUCCAAGAACUUCCAUUGCAACCCUGCUAUUCGGUGUCGGACAUCGGGGCGCAACAGUAUGAUCAGUUCGGAAAAAUCUUCACUGUCAAGCUUCAAUACAUCUUCUACAAAGAGCGGCCUGGAGUGCGGCCUGGGCAGGUGAAGAAGGCCGAAAGAAUCACCAACAAGCUGAGCCAGUUUGCAGCCUAUGCAAUCCAGGGCGACUACCAAGGAGUAAAGGAGUUUGGCAGCGACUUGAAGAAACUGGGCUUGCCAGUAGAGCACGCUCCCCAAGUCUCCCAGCUAAUGAAGCUGGGGUCACUCAGCUUCGAGGACCUGAAACAAUUCUCCAUGUGCAUUGAGGAGGCGCUGUUCACUCUGCAGGCGCAUCGGGAUAGAGCGCUCCACUACAAGAUGGAGGAGGUGCAGGUUACUGUAGUGGAUGAACUCUAUGUUGAACAAAACGCCGAAGGACAUGUUGAAAAGCAGAUAGCUAGAGUGCGGCUGUUCUUCCUGGGAUUCCUUACCGGGAUGCCCGACAUUGAACUGGGAAUAAACGACAUGCGGCGACAAGGCAAAGAAGUGGUCGGCAGGCACGAUAUCAUCCCUGUGGUUACUGAGGAAUGGAUCCGGCUGGAGAACGUAGAAUUUCACUCCUGCAUCCAGCAGGAUGAGUACGAAAACACCCACAUUAUCAAGUUUAAACCGCCCGAUGCCUGCUACAUUGAGCUGAUGCGCUUCAGAGUGCGUCCCCCGAAGAACCGCGAGCUUCCCUUGCAACUGAAGGCGCAGAUUUGCGUGACUGGGACCCGGAUAGAACUGAGGGCGGACGUCCUGGUGCCUGGUUUUGCAUCCAGGAAGUUGGGUCAGAUUCCCUGCGAGGACGUGAUGAUUCGCUUUCCCAUUCCAGAGUGCUGGAUAUACAUGUUCCGAGUGGAGAAGCACUUUAGAUAUGGUUCAGUCAAGUCAGCGCAUAGACGGACUGGCAAAAUCAAGGGAAUCGAGCGCAUUCUGGGCACGAUGGACAAUCUGCAGGAGAGCCUCAUUGAAGUAACAUCUGGGCAGGCGAAGUAUGAGCACCAGCACCGAGCCAUUGUCUGGCGUUGCCCAAGAUUGCCGAAAGAAGGCCAAGGCGCAUAUACCACCCAUAACAUGGUGUGCCGCAUAGCGCUCACCAGCUACGACCAGAUGCCUGAGAAACUAGCCGAAUAUUGUUACGUGGAAUUUACCAUGCCUGCUACUCAAGUGAGCCACACCACCUGUCGGAGCGUAAGCCUCCAGAACUCCGACUCAGAUGAACCGCCUGAGAAAUACGUCAGAUACUUAGCGAGGCACGAGUACAGGGUGGGAAUUGAACAUACUGAGGGCCAAUCGCCCAACGCUUACGCGACAGCCACCUAUGUAACGAAACCGGCAGCGCCCCCUCCGGAAGUGAAACCGGCCCCAGUGGCUGAGGAGUCCAGCUCAGACAGCGACUGAAUUCGGCGCAAUCGCGCAUUUGGUUGAAGCUGUUGUGCUCUUAGCGCGUGGAAAUGCUCUUAGGUGGGUCACUAAAUAUGCUUUUCUACUUAGCUCGAGUUAGGAUGUCUUGACUAAGCAUCAAACGGGCAAAAUAAACGCAUUUAAUUCGGAUUUAUAAGGCAGGUUUGUUAAGGUAUAAGUACAGGCUGAUUCAUUUACAAAAGGCGAAAUGAAUGAUGAGCUAUGUUUAGAUGAAUGAUCACCAAUACUACAGCUGUCGAAUUUUCUACAGUUAAUGAAUCAGCCUGUGUAAGGUCCAGGAUAAGGAAAACCAAGAUGAGUAAAUCAAAGCGUUAAUCCUUCACAAUAAACUAUAAAACAAUAUUUUCCGGGUGACAUUUAAAGAUAGUCCUCAUUUUGGCUCUCAUCCUUCCUUCUGGACAGAUCGUAUAGUACAUAUGUAAAAUUAUGAAAAUGUCUGAAUGUUUUCAAUUGUCUCAAUGUUUUAAGCCAUUAUUCAUGUUGAACUUUGUAAAGUCUACGCAAGGCACUGAAACAUUCCCUUAAGUGUACUACAUGAUAAUCAUACAUAUUCUUAAAAUCCGUUAGGACAUAUCACCGUACUCAACAAUAAUAGAUUAUUUGCUUCAACUGUUAUGCCCUCAAGUGGCAUUAAGCUUUUACUAUAGGAAAUCUAUCUAUAUAUAUAUAUAGUAACUAAUAAGGACUUAAAGUCAAAGUUUAAACAAUGUUAACUGUUAAUAAGUUGCUUUGUUGACUAGUUAUAGAGAAGCUAUUUAUUUAUUUGAAUGCUAAGUUAUUUAUCAUUGAUUUGUUCGUUUUAUUGGCAAACCCUCGUGAGGGGGUUUCCAACGGGGUCAAAUCUAGUCACUAGCUCGUAAGAAACAUACCAAAGAAUAAUUAGGUGUAAGCUGAAAAGCUCCUAGGAUUUAAGACAAAAUGUACUUGAUGUUCAAUGUGAAUGUAGAAGACGGACGUAAUUUCUAGUCGAAAUUAUCCAACCGAACAAACUAGAUGUUAGCUAAUUAGAGCGUAGCCAAGUAGCUAAAUUAAUAUUGUAUCAAAUGUAUUAAAAUGUAAAAAAUAUAUAUUGCUGAAGAAUUG